AGAUAUGAAUUCCAAUCGUUUAAAAAGAUAAGGAGAUCACGAAGAGUACGUUAAACUGUAUUAUUUAAUUAACGAUUAUUAUUAGAAGUCUGUAUUAUCCGCAGAAGGUAUAUGCAUAAUUACCUUCUGUUCGAAACAUAAAGUGUUAAAAUAUGGCGUGCAAAUGAAUGUGCCGGAAAUCUCGUACGGCUUCGUUUUAACGUAAAAAUGAACGCAUUCUUAUUGAUUCCUCGAAAAGAUUUUUUGGAAAGGUGUCUUUCGAGUAACCGUAAAUCGUUCCAUCCAUAUCCCAUACAUUUGAUACAUAGAUCAGGUUACGAAAUAACUAGUGUAUUAUCGAACAUUUAAUUAUUUCUUAUCGUGUGUGUAUAUACAUAUAUGUAUAUUUAAUUGAUGAAGAAGAAAGGAAUCGAUAUCAAAUAAAUCAUGGCUGAUCCAACGAUACAAACAUUCUGUUGUCAUCAUUCUAACAGUACAGAUAUGGCAAUUGUAAUAAUGCAAGAAUUCAAUACAGAUUUGUACAACACUGUUUGUAUGCUCUCUUCUUCUAUAGGUAUCCUAGGUGCAAUGUAUCAGAUACUUCCAAGAGAAGCGUCUAGUCAUUCUCACAGGUGGCAAAGCUUAUCCGUAUCUAGAGGAAGAGAAAUCAUCGUAUGGCUUGCAAUUGCAGACCUCUUAGCCUCGUUAGGUGUAUUUAUUAGAUCGGCGAUAUGGAUGAAUUUUAAAUCCAUAAUGCCAAUGCAAAAUGAUACGUCGAGCGUUGUCUUUUGUGCACUUUUGUCGGCUUGGAUACAGUAUUUCUAUAUGGCAACAUGGAUCUGGACUCUUUGCUAUGCCAUAGACAUGAAACUGUUACUAGGAGACAGAUCUGGACAUUCUACUUGUUACCAUGCCUUUGCAUGGAUAUGUCCAGCAAUUUUGACUACAUUUGGCUUAACGAUCUUAUAUAUGCCAGAUGCAAAUUGUCAUAGUUUAACAUCGUUAUCCACCGUUACAUUACGUAUUCUGCCAAACUAUUGUGCUACUUAUGUGCUAUUAGCAGUGGUCAUGAUAGUCAAUCCUGUGUUAUAUUUCGCGUCGACGCGAGAUCUUCAAACUGCUGUCACUUGUAGUUUGGCACAAAUAACAAGUAGAGAAAGGAAAUUGGUACAAGCGAUAAAGCUCAAAUUUGCAUUGACUAAUUUUGUUUAUUACGUAUGCUGGUUACCGAAUCUAAUUAACGGAAUUUUAUUAUGGACUUUAUGGUUCCAACUACCGGUCAAAAUUAUCAUUACUCUUUGGUACAUAAUGGCUGUAACAAAUCCCCUUCAAGCUUUCUUCAAUGCUCUUGUUUACAAAAGAUGGAGUAAGAAGGAGAAGUUUCGAUUGGAAUGCUGUCAGAAUUUAGGGAAAGGAGGCAAAAAUACGCGAUUAUCGGAAUCAUCGCCCUUACUGGAUCCCAACUUUGGCUGUCCCCCAGAUACGAGUAUUAACGGAUCUUCUUCGUUCUGAGAACUGUGAUACCGAAAGUUCCUUUUUCAAUCGUAGUAAUACAAACAAUCCACUGCCUUGUAUGCUUUAAAGAAAGCUAUAUUUUUAAUAUUUAUAUGUUUUUCAAGCUUUAAGGAGAUAAUGUGCUCAAUAGCCCAUUUUACGAUGAAGAUUGCUUAAGGGAAAAAUAUAACUG